CGCGCCGUGAUCGCAACCCACACUUUACACAUGUUUACUCUCUCAUUCUCCGCCGUUCCGCAAAGCAAAGCACGCAGACUGACAUGGGAAAACCGCGCCGUGGUGGGGGCAAAUCCUCCAGCACCGGCAGCAAACACGGCCGUAAAACAGCCCACGACGCCAAGCACGAUCUUGCGGGCCGUUCCGACAGCACCGCCCCCUCUGAUGAAGCCGCGAAGCUCACCCUCACCGAUUCGUCGUCCGAUGGCAGCAGCAGCGAUUCGGAGGCAGACCGUGUGGACGUGGCGCCAUUUCCCGUUGCCAUGUGGGACCUCGGCCACUGUAACCCGAAGGCAUGCUCGGGCCGUAGACUGGUGCGCCAUAGCCUGGUGCGCCUGCUCCGCGUGGGCCAGCGAUUCGGCGGUGUGGUGCUGACGCCCGUCGGCAAGAAGUGCGUUUCGCCGGCCGACCGCACCGCCGUCGCCGACUUCGGCGUGGCCGUGGUGGACUGCUCGUGGGCGCGCCUGGCGGAGGUGCCGUUUGGCCGCCUGCGCGCUGGGCACCCGCGAUUGCUGCCGUUCCUCGUGGCCGCAAACCCCGUUAAUUACGGCCGGCCCUGUAAGCUGUCCUGCGUCGAGGCGCUGGCCGCCACCAUGUUCAUCACAGGGUUCGAGCGCGAGGCGCGCCUCUAUCUCAGCAAGUUUAAGUGGGGCCGCCAGUUCGAGGCGCUUAACGAUGAACUGUUACGGGCGUACGCCGCAUGCGCAGAUGGCGCUGCCGUUGUGGCCGCGCAGCAGGCGUACCUGGCGAAGGCGCAGGAGGAGAAGGCGGCGGCGGCAGCGGAAGAUGAUCUACCGCGCUACACGUCCUCCGAGGGCGAGGACGAGGAGGAAGAAGAGGCUGCGGAAAGAGGGGAGGAAGAAGAGGCUGCGGAAAGAGUGGAGGAAGAAGCUGCGUGCGAGCGUCGUGAGUCCGGAGUAACGGCAGAGAUGCAAGUGGUUAACGGUGCUGAGGCUGAGGCUGGGGCUGGCGCCGGCGUCGGCCAGGUGAGCAGGGAUGCGUCCAAGGACACGGCCGACGUCGGCCAAGGCUCGGCUAUGGCUGAGCGGACUACGGACGACCGUGACGCUACAGAUGCCAGCGCGGCGCGCUGACGACUGCAGGUGAUGCUCGACAUAAAGCUGUGGUGAAAGGCAUUGUUAUGGCGGCGUCCGGCGGUGCCCCCGGGCCUCGGGAUGUUUUUUCAACCGAUAACAGUGUGGUGUCAUGUGUGACGAAGGCAGCCCUGCGUUAGAGCAAUGCCACGGACGGUGAAUAAAGUGAAAGUCGCCAACACCA